AGAAUAGUUUACUCAGUUUACUGAUGGAGCGCUGCCGCUGCAAGUGAGCUAUGGUAGCCGAGCGUCUAACUUAAAACGGAGCACCAUCAACCGGAUUUUUUAUCAGUAAACACAGCAAACAAAAGGAGCAAUAUCAGCGGUCGCAGGUUACCUUAUCGCUUUCGGCUUUUUUGGCGCUCAACCGUAGACACUGCGACGCCGGCAACAGUUUGAAUUGAAGCUGCUGCGGUCCUCCGCCCCUCACAUGCUUGGUUGCCUGUUGUCCCACUGUCCAGGCCUGUCCACGCAGACAUGGCUGCCACGAUCACCGAAUUUCCGCCACACACCUACUCGACCACUUUUUUCAGUCGUAAUGUUUUGCGAGAGAUAAUUUCCAAGCGUGAUAAGCGAAAUAAGAGCGAUUCCUCGAAGCACGAGUCGCACACCGGCAAACCGGCCAAGGCCUGGCGCAAGAACAACGCCAAGAAUCACCAUGAAACCAGCCACAAACCAGGGACUGCUAACAACGCAGAGGAAGAAGACAUGACCCUGUUGAAGUAUUUGGCCUUGAAUGCUCUUGAGCUAGGCUCACCAGCCAGCGGCCUACCCCUGAAGUUCAGCAGCAAUGAAACUUCAGGAUGGCUUCAACUGUCAGGCCAUCCGGACAGUUUCGCAAUAGCCGGACCUGGCACCAUUUGGAAGAAAACCACCUUGGAAGACGGUGAAAUCAGAGUUUAUGAGGCCCUGCAGCAGCAGAAAAAUGACCCUGCCUACUGCAUCGUGCCCAAGUUCUACAGGAAGGUGGAGUUCAAAAGCGAACUGUUCAUCGAGCUGGAAGACCUGCUCAGCGACUUCAAUGACCCUUUCGUGAUGGACAUUAAAAUGGGCACCAGGACUUUCCUAGAAUCUGAAGUCUCCAGGACAAACGCGCGGCCCGACCUUUAUCAAAAGAUGGUGCGGGUCGACAGCAAUGCUCCUACCCAAGAAGAACACAAAGCUCAGGCUGUGACCAAGCUCAGGUACAUGAGGUUCAGAGAGCAGCAGUCGUCGACGAGCACCCUUGGCUUCAGAAUAGAAGCCAUGAAGGUAAAUUUUAUGAAGGGAUGCGAGCCUGUGCGGGACCUGCAGAAAGUGUGCUCACAGCGGGACGUGCAGGCAGUGUUGUCCUUGUUCCUGCAGGGCAAAGAACAAAACAAGCAGAGUCUAUUGAAGCGUCUCAAGAAAAUCAGAACGGCAUUCGAAGAAUCAAAUUUUUUCAAGUACAAUGAGGUGGUAGGCUCCAGUCUACUGCUAGUUAGGGAAAAUGCUAAAGUGGGUGCUUGGCUCAUCGACUUCGCGAAGGCGAGGUCAUCAGACAUCCCUCUUGACCACCGGUCGCCUUGGUGCGACGGCAACCACGAGGAAGGCUUUUUGUUUGGCCUUGACACGCUUAUUGAGACUGUGGAUCAGUGUGAUUUGAAAGUUUUGCAGACCUCCAGGCUAGAAAAAAUCGUGCGCAGCUUGCCGUGGAAGUAAGAAACUCUAAAGCUGAGUGGACCAUCUUUGAAAUAUGUCAGUGGGUGCCCUUGGACAAAAAACAAACUCUGGUAGUCGACAAUUAUGCCGGCUGGACUCCUGAAGAGCCACCUAUGUCAUUACAUGUAAAAAAAAAUGGUUUCGCGCCACCAGACACACGGCUCAGUGUUGCAAGACGCGCGUGGAGCAAUUACACUGCAUUGUAACUAUUACGUUUUGACGUGGUUUUGCAAAUAAUGCAGACCUUGUGCACCGCGCCAAAGGAGAGUCACGUGCAGGGCUCUGAAGCUGCCAGUUAUGAAUAUUAAAUAAAUGCGAACUGCGGCUGAGACGCCCAAGGAAUAAUUAUCGCUUUCACCCCGCCGCGCCUGAAUGGAAAUCGACCGAAGAGCGUGCACUAGACUAUUCGUCGUUUUUUUUGUGUGUGAUUGCUGCCUUUUUUAAACUGCGUUCGCAAACAGGACACGAGAUUCUAAUAUGUGUAAAAGACUCAAUUUGUGGUGAGACUUGUGUACCAAAAAGUAGAUGGUAUAUCAAUUGUUUAUGAUAAUUAAAUAUGAAACAUUUUUACAAUAAAUGAAAUGAUUUUCUGAUAUUUA